UUUUUUUCUUUUUUUUUUCUUUAACUCCUUGACUGAAUUCUAUUUUUUUUUUUUUGCCACUUUUUUUUUUCCCCUUUCCUUUCCUUUUCAUAAUUCAAACUUUUUGAACACGCUCAUUCAAUUCUUAUUUAUAAUAACUAAAUGACAUUUCAAGAGUUAAAAGGACAACUCAUUGUCUUAUUUGUUACUAUCAUGAUAGGUUUCAUGGCUUAUUCUUCUCAAAUUGGAGUUUUAUGGUCAUAUCUUGGUGGUGCUACUUUACAUACUGCUCUUAUUCUACUUCCUUUGAACUUUUUUGUUAUUAUGAUAUAUAUCAAUUAUGCUUUAACUUGUUUAACUGAUCCUGGUGCUGUUCCUCCUAAUUGGAUACCACAACAACAACAUCAUUUGGAAGUAAAAAAAUCAACACAUGCACCACGAUUUUGUAAAACGUGUAACAAUUAUAAACCACCAAGAACUCAUCAUUGUAGUUCAUGCGGAAAAUGUGUCUUGAAAAUGGAUCAUCAUUGUCCUUUUGUCAACAAUUGUAUAGGAUUCGCCAAUUAUUGUCAUUUUAUUCGAUUUUUGACUUAUAUAGAAAUCAGUUCUAUUUAUUUAUUAAUUUUACUUUCUUGUCGUUUGGCUCAAGCUAUCAAAUCAUCAACAUCAUUGUUUAUCUCUGAUUGGGUAUUAUUAGGUCUCAAUCUUUUACUUUGUAUCAUUGUCAUCAUUGGUGUUGCUAUACUUAGUGGAUAUCAUAUUUAUUGUAUCACAACAAAUACAACUACUAUUGAAGGUUGGGAAAAAGGAAGAAGUCUAACAUUGAAAUCCAUGGGUACUGUUCAUGAUGUGAUGUAUCCUUAUGAUAUGGGUGUGAUGAAUAAUAUCAAGUUUGUACUUGGACGACAACCUUUACUAUGGUUUUGGCCACGACAAAUGGAAGGAUCAGGAUUAUCAUUCCCAAUCAACAUUACUCAUUUACAUACCAAAGGAAAUACUGUGACUACCAGUGGAAUCAAUAGCAAACGAUCAACAUUAAUGAUGACAGAGGAUGAAGAGGAUGAUAAAAGAUCAUCUAUUUAUUCAACAUGGACAACUCAUACAGAUAUGACUCAUUAUCAACAACAGGAUACUCUAACAUUGAAUGAUAUUACUGAAUUAUCAGCUACUCAUCAACCACUUCAUACAUUACGUUCCAAAUUAUCUACUACCACCUUAAAUACACCAAAUACUCCUGGAUCUAUUUUGACUUUUGCCUCUGCUGCCUCUACCUUGAUUGAUUCCAAAUCAAAUCAUCCUUAUUCUCACAAAACUGAUUUGUAGAUUAGAUAUUAUCAUACCCCAUAUUUUCACCUUUGUUUAUAUUCCCUUCCCCACUCCCUUAUUAUUAUUAUUGUAUCAUAG